AUGGAAGACCGGACCGUGGCGCUGGACAUCCCCGAGGUGCUGAAGAAGCAGCUGGAGGACGACUGCUACUGCGUCAACCGCAGGAAGCGGUUGGUCCGCCUUCCCUGCCACACCAACGUCCUCACCAUCUUGGAAUCUUACGUGAAGCAUUUUGCUAUCAACAUUGCCUCUGCCACCAGCGACCGGCCUCGCCACCAUCAUGCCGUGGGGCCGGCCCCCGACGGUGCGCCCGACAUCCCCGUGGAAAAGAACAUUGACCUUUGUAAGGAGAUGGUGGACGGAUUGAGAAUAACCUUCGAUGCCAUGCUCCCGUUGGUUUUGCUCUACCCCUACGAACAAGCCCAGUAUCGGAGGACGACUUCGUCUGAUUUCUUCCUUCCCAUUAAAGAGAGUAGUACAAAUACUCAUUGCCCAGGGGAACCCUCUCCCAGCCCGCCUUUGCUGAAUCCCUUCCCGCCACAGUCCACGGAGAGUCAGCCGACCGGCAGUGAGUCGGCCACCCCCAAGAGGCGCAGAGCCGAGGCCGAGUCGUCGUCCUCACGGCCUCUGAGGCGUUCCACGCGCCACACCACCAGUUUGGACGGGCGAUCCCAGAACAGCGCGUCGCCUCAGCUCAAGCGCCGCCAGCAGGACCCGCCCCCGGGAAUGCCCAGAUUGUUCCUGCACUUGGAGAAGAAGAUACCUGUGCACAGCGGGUCAUCUGCUCCCGUUCCUCCGACUCCUAGUAUGGAAGGGAUUGCCCUGUUGGCUGGUCUUGAAGGAAAAAGAACCACCGAAAUAAACAAGGUCCUCUCGUGGAAGCUUGUGCCAGACAAUUACCCCCCAGUUGACCAGCCACCUCCACCCUCUUACAUUUAUGGAGCACAACAUUUGCUGAGAUUGUUUGUGAAACUGCCAGAAAUACUUGGAAAGAUGUCCCUUGCAGAGAAGAAUCUGAAGGCUUUACUGAAGCACUUGGAUCUCUUUCUGAGAUUUUUAGCGGAGUAUCGUGACGACUUAUUCCCAGAAUCGGCUUAUGUCGCUGCUUGUGAGGUGCAUCACAGCACCAAAAAUCCCAAGGCAGUAUAG